UAAAAUAAAUCACCCCACUCAAUAGCUUCCUAUUUUCUCUGGCCAUUAUAUCGUAACACAUAUUAUAUAUAGAGGGCUGUGCCUCCUUUGUCGUAUUCGCUUUUCAUAACACCUCUACAUUCUCUCGUUACAUACCCAAACAAUCGCACACCUUCAACAACCAUGAAAUCGCUCGCCUGGCUUUCGACGGUUGCGCUGGUGUCAGCACUAGGCACAUGUAGUGUCCAGGCACAAAAAGAAGACCGUCGGGAUUACUCUCCAUUCUACUGGUCUCAAUCGCAACAAUUCCUGUCACCUUAUGCAACCUCGGGCAAAAUGGAACAGAUUGGCCGUACAGGUGUUGCUGCCAUGCACGCGGUCUUACUAAACGAGAAAAAGAUACUUGUCAUUGACAAAGCCGAGUGGAAUGAAGCACAGUUUGAUUCGGGCCAAAGUGCAUUCUCAGUGGAAUACGACCUUGAUACGGACGAAUAUCGACUGUUGCCUUUGGAAACAAACACAUUCUGCUCUGGCGGCGGUUUCCUUGGUAACGGCACAUUUAUCAGCACCGGCGGCGGUGAGCGUGUCGGUCGUACAUGGAAGGCUGCACCUGGUUGGCAAUCUAUCCGUCACUACAACCCAUGCGACGACGGUUCUUGCGAGUGGAACGAAUACACCACCGGCAAGAUGGUUGAAAAUCGUUGGUAUCCCACUGUCGAGCAGCUACCCGAAGGUGAUCUUUUCAUCAUUGGCGGAUCGAUCAAGGGCGCAGCUGUAAACCGGGAUGAAAUUAAUGUACCGUCAUACGAGUUUUGGCCACCUCGCCCUGAAGGCAUUGUCAAUAUGCCGUUCCUGAACGAAACCAUGCCUUAUAACUUGUACCCCUUUGUCUUUGUUUUACCCGACGGAAACUUGUUUGUUUUCGCCAACAAGCAAUCCAUCAUCUUUGACUACAAAAAUAACAAAGUUGUCAAACGGCUGCCCGAUAUCCCUGGCAUGCCACGCUCCUAUCCAUUGACUGGCGGUGCGCUCAUGCUCCCUCUAGAUCCAGCCAACAACUACAACGUCGAAAUCCUCAUUUGCGGAGGAUCUGAGAAGAUGAAGAACAAUGCUGCUGCUGACGACACCUGUGGUCGUAUCAAUUUGGGCGACGAAGAUCCGCAGUGGGAGAUGGAUACAUUUGUACAUAAGCGUCUUAUGCCUGACGGUGUCUUCCUUCCUGAUGGUACGAUCUUCUGGGUGAACGGCUGUCAACGCGGCUGGGCAGGCUACAACGGUCGAAACCAUGACCCUACUUUUGAUCCUCUUAUCUACAACCCUGAUAAAAAGAUCGGCGAUCGAUGGACCACCGGAUUAGCCGAUACAAACAUUGCCCGCAUGUACCACUCGGUAGCGCUAACGCUUCCAGACGGUCGAGUAUGGAUUGCUGGCUCAAAUAACGUGUCGCCACCAGAUGUUCUUGCAGAAUACCCCACCGAAUUCCGCGUCGAGUAUUUCUCGCCACCCUACCUUUUCAAAUCGGCUACUCGACCUUUGAUCUCGCACGUUCCUCGUAUUGUGACCUAUGACCAAUCAUUCGACGUUUUGGUCAACUUGGGCGAGCUUGCUCAAUCUGGAAGUGACCCUGAAAUCAAGGUUGCCUUGUUACGUCCCGGAUUCAGCACGCAUUCAAUGCACAUGUCCCAACGCUAUGUUGUAUUGAAGCACACUGUAGAUGCAGACCUUCAAACUGUCACCGUCGAAUCUCCUCCCAACGCUAACAUCUUCCCUCCUGGAUCAGGCUUCUUGUUCGUUCUUUGCAAUGGCAUUCCUUCAAAGGGUGCUGAGUUGUUUGUUGAACAUGAUGUCAAUGACCUUCAGAUAUAAAGCUUACAUAUUUCCCUUGUACCUUCUACUACCACCAAAAAUCCAUCACAAUAUCUCUCUUCCCCUCAUCUCUUCUUGCCCUUCGAUUUCUUUGAUUGAGACUUACACCCACAUAUAUAUAUGUAGCAUCCUGUACUCUACUUUUCAUUUUCUUUUUGCUUUUUCUACAAUAACCUGCUUUUUAAAUAUAUUCAAUGCUGCUUUUAUAUAUAAAACAACGUGUCGAUAAAUUGAUAACGACAUAGUUCUUUUUAUUUAAAACAUCUUUUGCAUACUAUAGCAAGGGAUGUAAAGUA